AUGAAUGCCAAGCGCAGCUCCAAUGUGAAGUGUGUCCCCGGUGACGCUGAUAGCUAUAAUUGCUACUUUUGGCACAUCACAGAUUUGCAUUUGGACACAUUUUACUCGACGCAAGGAGAUGUUAUGCACAGUUGCUGGCGCAUCGACGGUCAAUCGCCAAGCGCUUCCAUUCGUUCACCGGGUCGCUUUGGUGAUUACUUUUGCGACAGUCCUUGGAGUCUAAUUGAGUCGGCGGCGAAAGCAAUGAAAUCGCGGCAAGGUGACAAUGUCGAAUUCGUGCUAUGGACAGGUGAUGGCCUGUCGCACUCAGCGCUGAAAGAGUCAGAUACAAAAAGACUGGAGAUCCUGCGCAACAUCACUGAUUUACUUGGACGUACAUUUUCAUCUCAAUUCGUAUUUCCGGUGCUUGGUCAUGAGGACGGCACAACUAAUUUUCGACAUAUGGGUGAACUGUGGCGGCAUUGGUUGCCUUCGGAGGCACUACAUACGUUCGAAAAAGGUGGCUACUACUCCAUUGAGCAGACAAAAAGUCGUCUUCGCAUAAUUGCGCUGAAUACAAAUUUCAUGCGCUACGAUCACAAAUCCCAGCCGAGCCAUCUGGCAGCAGUGCGACAGCGCACCCCAAAUGCUGCUAAUGGUAAUGGCGAUUCGGAAUAUAAGACCUAUUACUAUCACCACGGUUCAAUACAUCAGCAUCACGGCCAUUCGUCCGGCGACUGGAUGCCGCAUGGUGGCAACUAUGGUGGCUAUGGUGUUGGCCAUCAUCGUGGCAUGAAUGCAAUACCGGCGUUAAGCGUUGGUGAUGGUGGCGGACGGGUCAGCGCACUAUCCGAGUAUGAGACUCAAGAUGCGGAAAAACAGUGGAUUUGGCUGGAAGAAGUGCUGGUUAAGUCAAAAAAUAACAAAGAAACGGUAAGUUUUCGCUGUGAUUUUUAAUUCAUCGAUACGAAGAUAUGUAUUUACCUACAUGUAUUUGCACUUAAGUGUAUAUAUUUAUUCUAAUUACAAUAUUGAUUCCGUCAUAAGUAUUUCCUUUAUUGGGUUCAAAGUUUUUAGCCAUUGUGACUAAGUUUGGGAUACCAGGUUUUAAUUUUUUUUUUUCAAUUACUAAUUAAAAUAAAUUUCGAUACCAGCCUUCCUCGAAAGAAAGAUAGUACCUAGGGAAACAAGUGAAAAUUUGAAUAAAUGAAUUUGUGUUCGUGUUACUAGGCGCACGGAUCAACAGUCGUGAAAGAAAAAUUUUGUACGAAUCCAA